CGCCCCUUCCCUGUUUUUGCUUGAAGGCCGGCGGAGAAGGAAGGAGUUCCCUCAGGAUGGCCGAAGAGGCGCGGGAGAGGUUCCUCAGAGCGCGGCUCAGGACGCUGGCUCCUCUCCGGGAAGAUGCAGAACGAGAAUGGAAAGCCCCUUUCUACUUUAUUCAAGGAGCUGAUCCGCAGUUUGGAUUGAUGAAAGCUUAUGCCAUUGGUGACUGCAAUAGUGGAGGCGACGAAUGGGAGGAGGAGCUCAAAUUAACUCAGCAAGCAGUGCAAGCCAUUAACCAACUGAACCCUAAACCAAAAUUCUUGGUCCUAUGUGGGGAUCUUGUACAUGGCAUGCCAGGCACACCGUGGAGGGAGGCGCAGAUACGUGACCUGAAAAAUGUCCUGAAAGAGAUCAACCCCGAAAUUCCUCUUGUUUUUGUCAGUGGCAACCAUGACCUUGGAAACACACCAACUCCGGAAACAAUACAGAGUUAUUGUGAUGAAUGGGGCGAUGAUUACUUCAGCUUUUGGCUCGGAGGAGUCUUCUUCCUGGUGUUGAAUUCUCAGCUUUACUUUGAUAGCUCUCAGUGCCUGGAACUGAAGCAAGCUCAAGAUGCGUGGCUCGACCAGCAGCUCGCCAUCGCCAAGGGAAGGCAAUGCAAGCACGCAGUUGUGUUCCAGCAUAUCCCCCUCUUUCUGAAAGAUCCAGCGGAAGAUCACAACUAUUUCAACCUGGAGUUGUCCAUCCGGCAAGAGCUCUUGGAGAAAUUCCACAAAGCAGAGGGAAAACUAAUGCAACUCAAGGAGAAGAUAUUUCAUGCAUUAGUCCAGGUGUCAAAGCGGUGUUUUCUGGGCAUUGCCAUAAGAACGCUGGGGGAGUCUAUAAAGACCUUGAGAUGGUCAUUUCAUCGGCCAUUGGAUGCCAGCUGGGAGAGGACACCCACGGACUCCGAUUGGUGGCUGUCACCGCUGAAAAAAUUGCUCACAGAUACUACAGUCUGAAUGAACUGAAAAAUAGUCAAGAUGUUGGGAAAGAUAUUGUGGUUAUGUUGAAACAAAAGUAGGCCUUUCCUUCCUUUGCCAAAACUAUGCCAUAGACCAGGCCUGGGCCGACUUUGGUGGUCCCUGCAUGUGUUUUGGACUUCAACUCCCACAAUACCUAACGGCAAAAAGGGUGUUAGGAAUUUUGGGAGUUGAAGUCUAAAACACUUGAAGGGAGGGCUGAAGUUGGCCCAGGCCUGCUAUAAAUGUAUAUGAAGCAAUAUGAGUGUGGUAUUUAAUUUUGUCCUCACUUUCGGUUAUUGGGAUUUUAGAAUAUAGGUGAAGAUGAUGAUUCUCAUAGCAAUAACCAAAAGGCAAACAUUAUAUUCAGCAAAAUUGAAAGCCUCAUUGGUCGAUAAAAGGCUUUGCUUCACUGCCCACACAUGCAUAGAUUUAAUUUAACAUGUUAUAUUUCAACUGAUCUGUUGUCAUAGUUUUUAAACUCUCUUGCAAACAAAUACAGGACAUAUGUUGCAAUAGCAAACUAACCAUGAGAACUUCAGCAAACCAAAAUCUACAUAACCUUACAGCUUCUAUGCAAUCCAUUGUCUAUGUGAACAGAUGUGAUUUGCUAUACCAAGUGGCCUUUACUCCCCAAGUCUUACCAAGUUUGCCAUAUCCUGCUAGCCUGGAUAAAUAUAUACAUCAAUAUAUAUAUUUACCACAAAUAUAAAUGCUCCAGGAGCAUUUGCACAUUGAGCACUGGGCAUCACCAGUCCUCCAGAUGUUAUGCUACAACACCUGUCAUACCAGGCUUAUGGGAAAUCCAGGAACGUCUGAAUAUGAGCAAGGAAGUCUAUGAACCUUUGCAUGUUGGAAAACUGGGAUAGCAAUCGGGGAAAGGGUGCACAUGACUGCAAUGUGUCCAAGUCAUUGGAUUAGCUUUAGUCUGUUCAACUUUAUGAUGAACGACACAACAAAUCUGUCAGGUUGCACUGAUACUAACAUCCAAGGCCAGGGUCUCCUAUUUAUAAGCUCAUAGGACAGAUGAAUGUGCAUCCUGCAUUUUAUUCUAACUAAAGCAAAAUCCAGCUGGUUCAUUCAUCCCAGCCAUUUAACCUUCUCCUACAUCUUUGCAUCAAUGUUUGAGCUUGCAUCUUCUUUACAAGUUGGGUAAUCCUGGGUCUAAUAUUAUUGCUCAAAGCUACAUGCAUAUCAUCACUUAUUUUCAAUCGAUUCCUGGACUUGUUUAUAAUUACCAGAAAAGCAGAAAACCCUUGUUCGCAUAAUUAAAACACCUGGGGGUGGCGGGGCAAGCUGGCCUUUGCUUCUGGGGCAGAUUAAUGUAACAGAUAUAAUUGACACACACACUGUUAAAUAUAUAUUAGAAUUUUAAUUGUUUUGCGGACCAUAUUUUAGUUCUUGCAGACCACUGGUUGUCGGCGGACCACUGGUUGGGAACCACUGCCUUAAAGCUAUAUUUCAACACAGUGCCUUCAACUGGAAAUAUGAAAACGCAACUUCCAGCCCUACAGCUUCUGUAAACAAUUCUAAUUCUCUCACACACAGAGUAAAUCAAGUAGAUAACCUGUAUAAUAAAUGGUCGCCAUGCACAUUAA